ACAUUGAUGUGGAUUCACAGCAACAGAUAACAGAUGAGGCAAACACACCAGGAUUUUGGUGACUUUCUUCCGAUUCAUUGGUGAAUCGUUUCUGGACAAGAAAAUCUUGAACUGUUUUCAGCGGAGUUUGCUUGCAACCGAAUUCGUCUUGGGGAAAUUACGACAGAAAGGGGGAUCUGCUGAAUUCAGAGCUGCAGACGGAUUGCUUUAUUUAUUUUGAAAACCUUAGUGUUUCUCGUUAAAAGACAUUUACUACAAAUAUACCUCGUGAAGCUGGAUUGACACGCUUGCGGAUUUCGGAGCGGCAACAUGCUCAACAAUAUGGAUUUAAACUCUCAGGACUCUUUCUUUUCACAGUACGACGACUGUUGUAAUCCCUCGCCAGAGGUUGAGAGUUUGGGGCCGGAAAUAAAUCAAAAGCAUUUUACCGAAUCGCAGUCAGAAUCGCCAGUUCAUUUCAAUCAAGGUACGCCAAUUGAACCCAAAACUGAAACUUCCAAUUCGGAUUUUUUCUUUGAUCCGAGCGAAAACGCCGACUACAGGUUUCCAUCUUCUCUCAAUUACUCGGGCAGCUUCUACGUGGAAACGUCGUCCGGGGCCUCAUGCAGUGCCGAGACUUUGUUGAACAUGAUAUCUGAGAUUGUUGGCAUCUCCACUUUGCCUAUUUCAGAAAUGCAGCAGAGUCAGUCCGAGGCGGUGUUUUCCUCUUCUCACUCUCAGCUAGAGCACGGUCAGGAUUUGCCUCCUAACUGCACCAGCGUCCCGGCGUUGUAUACUGAGAACCCGGUGUACUCCAGCUACGCCAACGUGCACGUCCCGGAGGCUGGGAUCGCUCCAGGUGCCAACGCUGCUCCUUCUCAGGAAGCAAACCGAAAGCUCAGCCAAGCUCAGACUGACAUGCCAGCUUUCCCAGUGGUCGUGAAAAGUGAGCGUGACACCAGUGACUAUGAAUGGGACCCAUUUCAUAAUAAACCAGAAGGUUACGUGACUUCAGAGUACAACGAUUUGUUUGCAAUGACCGACGAUUGUUCUCCAUUGAGCCAGCAGGUGGAUUCAAAAGAUUUCCUUGAUUCUCUCUCCACUGUUUGCCACACCAGCGAUUUAGCAGCCAAACUGGAAGGGUCCGGCAUCCCGGAUUUGUGUUUUAUUGAUAGGCAACAGACCUUUCACGGCCAGAUCAGUCCUAACUACCAGAUACAGAUGAUGGCUGGACUGAACAGCAUCAGCACUCCCACUCAAACCGUAGCGGUGCAAACUUUGGGCAGCCAGUGCACUUUAGACUAUACCACGUCUAUGCUGGCUAAUGCCGUGGACUCGCUCCUCUACCCUCAGGUGACGCAGACCGCCUUUCUGAAAACGGGAUUGCGCCCUGAAAAGCCCAGCCGCUCAAGAAAAUGUCAGACUGGCUCAAAUGGCCCCGCCAAGGAGAAACCUUUCGCUUGCCCCAUGGAUAACUGUGAACGGCGCUUCUCCAGAUCGGACGAGCUCAACCGACACCUGCGCAUCCACACUGGACACAAGCCCUUUCAGUGCCGCAUCUGCUUAAGGAGCUUUAGCCGCAGUGACCACCUGACCACUCACACCAGGACUCACACCGGCGAGAAGCCCUUUUCCUGUGACGUGUGCGGCCGCAGGUUCGCCAGGAGCGACGAAAGGAAAAGACACGGCAGGGUCCACCUGAAACAAAAAGAAAAGUCGGAACUGAAACCCCAGCUCCUCACCGCAUGCUCUUUCUCUUUACCCCAAGGCUUUUAGGAGCACUUCAGGAGAGUCCGUCAGUUUCCGUCAUGGAAAGGAUUGUCGACAACAGGUUGGAGUUGGUAAACUGUGGGAACCUGGCAGGUGAAGCCAGGCCUUUGGAGUUGUUAGGGCAGAUGCUGGCUCCGAAAAUGGCUGCAAAAUUAAAAAAAAAAGUACAGUGAAGGAAUGUAUCGUGAAAACAAGCAAACAAAACAUCCUCGAGGCGAGGUAACCGACUUUUGGCGUUGAGGAAAAUCUUAACAUCAGCUCAUGUACUCGUGUUUUUAAAUGUCUUAAAGAGCUCAUAGAAAAAAAAAAGCAAAACGUGAUAUAUGUGCACUGGCUAGAAUUGAUCAAGCAACUCUUUUACUAAAACCUCAAGAUGUGCAUCAAUCAUAGCAGCUUCUCCACGGCUACACUCGGUGUCCUUAAUAAAUGUUCUUUUCUUCUUUCGAGAGAGUGAGACUCGUGUAGGCAACGAAUUCAACAGCGGCACAUUUCAGAACCAGCAACGUUGGACAGCUCCGAGCCUCUGCGCACUAAGACUAUCAGUAUAAAGACACGGGAGCAGAACAAAAGAACAAAAAAAAAAAAAAAAAAAGAAAAGAAUUGCACUUACUUGUGGCCUGUAAUAUGUGAAUUGCCUUUUCUGCUUUUGUUUAACACACAUCAUUACUGUUUAAAAGACGCUGUUUUUGCAUGUCAUUAUUUUAUGAAGUGAAACUAUAUUUGCUUUGAGUAGAAAAUAUGAUUUUCAGGUAAACAAACGUUAUUUAUGUAUAUGACAAAAGCCUAAUGUACUUUGAUUGUAUGUGAUUUCUUUACACCUUUCACAAGGGUUGGCCUCUCUGCCAUAAAAAAAGAAAAAAAAAUGCUUUGCUGAUUGCAGUUUUGUCAUUGAAAAAUAUGAUGUACUGAAAACAAAUCACUUGUGAACACUGAAACAUAGUGGUCAAUAAAUGUUUCCCUAACAAAACAUCUUUAAAUUGCAUUUCUCUAACUGUACAACUUAUUGACUGACUGUAUGUUCAAAACAAUGCAUUUUCUGUUUGUUGACCAUUCUCAAUAUGCUCUAUGCAUAGAAGUAAAAAAAAAA